UUCCGCCCAUCCGUUUUCAGACAUUCAGUCCUCUGUGAUACACGGUGCAGCACGACCCUUAGCUGUUCCCUAGAAGUUAACUUUUGUAUAUAUUUAACUCGUAGUUUUUUUGUGGUAAAAUACAGUAUUAAUUCAUCAUGUGUGACGAAGAAGUUGCCGCAUUGGUCGUAGACAAUGGAUCCGGUAUGUGUAAAGCCGGUUUUGCCGGAGACGAUGCCCCAAGGGCCGUCUUUCCUUCGAUUGUGGGACGUCCUCGUCAUCAAGGAGUAAUGGUUGGUAUGGGUCAAAAAGAUUCGUACGUAGGCGACGAAGCUCAAAGCAAGAGAGGUAUCCUCACCCUCAAAUAUCCCAUUGAGCAUGGUAUUGUAACCAACUGGGACGACAUGGAGAAGAUCUGGCAUCAUACAUUCUACAAUGAACUUCGUGUUGCUCCCGAAGAACAUCCUGUUCUUCUUACAGAAGCUCCUCUUAAUCCUAAGGCUAACCGAGAAAAAAUGACCCAAAUUAUGUUCGAAACCUUCAACACUCCAGCCAUGUACGUCGCUAUCCAAGCCGUACUAUCUUUAUAUGCAUCCGGUCGUACGACUGGUAUUGUGCUGGAUUCUGGCGAUGGUGUUUCACACACAGUACCCAUCUAUGAAGGUUAUGCUUUGCCCCAUGCUAUACUCCGUCUGGAUUUGGCCGGUCGCGACCUAACUGACUACCUCAUGAAAAUCCUUACUGAAAGAGGAUAUUCCUUCACCACAACUGCCGAAAGGGAAAUCGUGAGGGACAUCAAAGAAAAACUUUGCUAUGUUGCUUUGGACUUUGAACAAGAAAUGGCAACAGCAGCCAGCUCCAGCUCAUUGGAAAAGAGUUACGAACUCCCCGACGGUCAGGUCAUCACCAUCGGCAACGAAAGAUUCCGGUGCCCAGAAGCUCUCUUCCAACCUUCCUUCUUGGGCAUGGAAGCUGCUGGUAUUCACGAAACCACAUACAACUCCAUCAUGAAGUGCGAUGUGGAUAUUCGUAAGGAUUUAUAUGCCAACACUGUGCUUUCUGGAGGUACCACCAUGUAUCCUGGCAUCGCCGAUCGUAUGCAGAAGGAGAUUACAGCUCUCGCUCCAUCCACCAUGAAAAUCAAGAUCAUUGCACCGCCCGAAAGGAAAUAUUCCGUAUGGAUCGGCGGAUCCAUUUUGGCCUCUCUAUCCACCUUCCAGCAAAUGUGGAUUUCCAAACAGGAAUAUGACGAAUCAGGCCCAUCCAUUGUCCACAGGAAGUGCUUCUAAGCUCCCUCAAUAUUUUCUAAGGGUCGUAUUUGAUCACCGCAACAAUCCAUUUAUCGCAUAUUAAAAAAUAUAUAUUACUUUUUCAAUUCCAACUCACGUAAACAUUCCAACAUAAUUCAAGCCGUAACUUAACAGUUCAAGUCGUGGCUUCCGUGUUGUUCCGGUGCCCCGUUAUUUUUCUUUUUUCGAACUGCCAUUUAUUUUUAUAUUGUCCGCGUUCGUUUCUUUUUUUGUGCGUUUGAUGAUGUUUAAAUAUUGUAUAAAUAUGAGGUAGACCAAGAUGUAUAGUAAGCAGGAAGCGAACUGAAGUAGAGAAAAGGAAAAGAACGAGCGCGAGACAGUGGCACACAUGAAUAAUGAUUUAGUUUUUCGCGCACUGCUAGGCCAAAGUAUUAUUACUACUUUCUUAACAUUUAAUUUUUGUAAUAAUGAUAAUUUAUUCCCUGUGUGCAAGACUAUUAUUACUUUAGGCUAUUAUUAUGGGAUAGUAAAAAAUGUUACAUA